AUGAUAGGCCGUGAGAUUCCCCCUACCUGCCCAUCGUUCCAAACCAACAAAUAUCCUAGUCCAAACACGCCCAGACUUUCCAUGGAGGUUGAGCCGACACUCCCAGUUAUGUCCUUAGCUAGCCCGACAGGUGGCUUCAUUGUCACUAUUCGUCGCGCAGAGGAUGAUUGUGACAAGCCCUGUAUCUUCCGCUGGAGCGACCUGUGUGAUGGAUGGGGUCCCUCUGGCUUCGUAAUUUUUCAACACACGCCAGAUGGUCUAAAAAGGGUCGAAGGAAUGCCCAAGCGGCCACCUCCUCGGACUCUCAAGAUCACAGGAUAUGAAGUUGAGACAGAAGAACUUCUUCCUGGACAAACUCUCAGAAGAAAUAUAGGCGCCCCGGAUCCCUUUUUGUACCACAUGGUGGCUGGUGAGAAAUAUGAGCUAGUCUGUCUCGGGGCUGAAUAUGCCUUGUGGGCUUGGGGCACCUUGCGCGAGCAUUGGGAGCAAGAAAUUGGGGUUAACUCCGGGCUACCCCUUGUUGUCAUCCCGGGGGGAGCCUCCUGUUCUUUUCUCUGCGUUGAGGUGGAAGAACCUUUGGAGCCUGAGCCGUACGACGACCAUCUGGUAGAGAAAUCGGAACGAAUCAAUGGAGCCCCUUGUAUGAGUGUGUUUCUGGAAGGUCCAUCAGAAAUGUCUAAAACGGAAAUGCUUUUUUAUAUUACAAUUAAGAUCACCUAUAAUGGUCCCACGAAUGAGGACCACGAGGCUAUCAAUGUUGACACAAAGCCGAUCAUCAUACACGAUUACCCUUUUACUUAUGAUCAAUUUCUUCUGCAACGCCGCUGCCUCGAUUACGAUCCGUCGAAGAAUUCAAACGGGGAUUCUACACAGUGGAAGACUUAUCUUGACGACGAAGACAAUCCGGGUUGGAGGAUUGUAGAUGAACCCGACGUUGAGGUCAACGUCACAGAUCCCGAGUUUUUCCGCAGCCUCAAACCAGGGGAAUCUUUUGUCAGAAAAAAUCACCUUGGAUUUUUCGACUUGCAUCCCGAUACAGUGGUGGGCGACACAUAUCGAUACCAGUACUGUGGCGGCCGCGUUGACUGGUGGAUUUGGGGUGAUUGCGAAGAGCAUGCGAAGACGGUAGUGAAAUUACCAUGUUGGCUGCAUGGUCGUGUCGCCGACCCCCUGAUAAUGAUGGAAGGCCGGUCAUAA